AUCACGUCCCCAUGAAAUCAUUCAAUCUGAUGUCAUCCAUGGUCAGUACACAAUGGCCUGCGUUGAAUGAUUUAUGGGAAGCAUGGGGCAUCCAAUUGCUGGUCACCAUGAGCCUCGCUUGCCAGAUCACCCUUGCCAUCCUUGGCAGCCGCCGAAGGUACAAGACCUCGAUCAUCCUCAGACAUGUCAUCCUCACUGCCUACUUGCUCUCUUCUUACAUUGCAACAAUAGCCCUCGGCAAGCUCACUGUCAUCCAGAUCGACCAUCCUGAUCGACCAGACUACAUUACUGAGCUGAAGGGGUUGCUGGCACCGUUGCUCUUGAUGCAGCUUGGGAACCCUGACUCCAUAACCGCAUACUCGGUUGAGGACAACCGGCUCAGCAUCCGGCAGAUGCUGAAUCUGUCAGUCAGGGUCGUUUUCGUCGUCUGGAUCCUGAUUCGCUGCUGGGACAGCUCGUCCCCUGUUCCAUUUUUAUACUUCCCCUUGUCUCUUGCCGGGAUCAUUCGAUCAGCACUGACUGUUUGGGCCCUCAAGUCUGUGUACUGGGAGAGGUCGAGCAUAUCAGUCAAGGAUAUCUUUGACGAGGAAACUGUUGCCAAGUUCUUAGACAAUGAAAGGCCCAGUUGGACAAAGGAGCAAACAAUCAUCUUGAAGGCGUACCAUCGGUUCGAUUGCUUGAAGCCCCACAUUGUAAACUGGCUCUACCACCCAGAAUCGCUAUCUAAAUCUCAGUUAAUUGUAGAUCACGAUUUAGCCUUCAUCACAGCUGAGGUCGAACUUGGAUUCAUGUAUGACGUGCUUUACACCAAGCAACCGAUUCUUUAUAAACCGCUCGGUCUUAUCUGCCGCUUCACUAGCUUUUUCUGUCUAGUCUCAGCCUUGUGUGGAUUUGCUCUUAUUUUCAGGAGUGCUUUCUUGAUAGACAUGUACAUCACCUACACUUACGCCUUGUUGAUAGGAGUCACCGCUCUAGAAGGUUACCAAAUUGUUCUGCAACCCUUCUCGGCAUGGGCCAUUGUGGUGAUGAGCCAUCACCAAAGAAACCACCUCAUAUCAACAAGGCUAUUGAACUGCUUAGCUGAAAGGUAUAUGAAGCGGAAAAGGUGGUCAAACUCAGUUGGGCAACUCAACUUGUUGGAUAAUCGCCUGUACGACGACGACUGGCCGUGGCACAUCGGAAGAAUCCUCAGAUACUUGGGCAAAAAACAGGUGACCUACAGAAGGUAUUGGAUUCACUGUCGCGUGAAAAUCCCCGGCUCUCUCAAGGAAUUGCUGGUGGAAGAUAUGGAGAAGCUCAACGUGAGCAGAGGCCAAAAGCCCUUCACCGAACGCGGCAAGUGGACGCUUAAAGCUCACAAACUCAGAAACGAUGUGGAGUGGACACAGGAAGCCCUUGAAGUGUUUAAGAAAAGCAUCUCGACAACAUUUGACAAAAGCAUCAUCAUUUGGCACAUGGCAACGAACAUCUGCCUCCUUUCAGAGCGCGAUGAUUCUCCGAACUGUAAAGGAAGCGAACUGCUGUCAAAUUACAUGAUAUACCUUCUAGCACUGCGACCCUACACGCUGUCCCUAACGACUAGUGACAUCACAUUGGAGCAUGCUUGCGCUGUAUUGAAGCCGUUUCUCAGGUACAGAGACUGCAAUGAGGCCUUGUGGACAUUGUCGUCAGAAGAGGACAUGCUCGAACCCUCCCUGGAUCAGAUGGGAACCAUAAUCACCAGGGAUUGGCACGUGCUGCUGGAUGCGCAGAAAUUAGCCGCGACACUGAAGGGCAAGAACAACAAGUGGCAGAUCAUUAGCAGCAUUUGGGUGGAGAUGUUGUGCUAUGCUGCUUAUAAUUGUCAAGUUUACCAUCACGCGAAACUGUUGCGGCGAGGUGGUGGGCUUAUAACUCAUGUAUGGCUGCUCUUGAUGCACGACACUGAUAAGUACACCCACACUCCCAAGACCAAGCCCACCGAAGAAACCGAAGGAUAGUCGCAAAGUGAGUCAUGACCUAGGAUUGGUCAUGCUAUGCACCCGAUUGUAGUGUGUUUUUUUCCUCUUCUCCUCGGUAAAGAGG